AUGCUUUUAUCUCGUAAUUUUAACAUUUUAUAUUCUAAUUAUAGAAAAGUAACAACAAAAUGGACUUGUAUAACGUGUGUCAGAUCCAAUAGUUCAGCAAAACCAAAAACAAAGGCAUACUCUCAUACAAUAUUAUUCCCUAAGACCGAUUUUCCGGCAAGAUCAAAUGUCAAUAAAGCAGAAAUACAAAAAAGAGCAAAAUUUUCUGAACUGUAUAACUGGCAAAGAGAACAUUUAAUUGGACCAGAAUUUGUAUUGCAUGAUGGUCCACCUUAUGCAAAUGGAGAUUUACAUAUGGGCCAUGCUGUAAAUAAGAUAAUAAAAGAUAUUAAUAACAGGAGCCAAGUUCUCCAAGGCAACAAAGUUCACUUCAUACCAGGAUGGGAUUGUCACGGCCUUCCCAUAGAGUUCAAAGCUUUAAACACAAAAAAAGCUAAGGAAUCAAAAUCUUCUGACCCAGUCAAUAUCAGACAAAUUGCCAGAUCAUUUGCUUUAGAGACUGUGAAGAAACAAAAAGAGGCAUUUGAAAGUUGGGGUAUAAUGGCUGAUUGGGAUAAGCAGUGUUAUUUGACGCUAAGAAAAGAAUAUGUUCAAAACCAACUUAGACAGUUCUACAAAAUGUAUGAGUUUGGAUUAAUAUAUAGAGCUUUGAAACCUGUGUAUUGGUCGCCAUCUUCAAAAACAGCUUUAGCUGAAGCAGAAUUGGAGUAUGAUCCUCAAUUUAAAAGUAAAGAAGUGUAUGUCAAGUUCCCAAUGGAUACAUUGCCAGAGGCUGUAAAAAGUGUUGCUACAGGAAAGCAAAUAUCGGCAAUAAUAUGGACAACCACACCCUGGACGUUAGUAGCUAAUAAAGCAAUAGCAUACAGCUCUAAUAUGAUAUACACUGUAGUCACAAUGAGUACGAGACCUGAUGAAAUGUUUCUGAUUGCAAAAGACCAGAUUGAAGAUUUGGAAAAGGUUCUUGGAUGUGAGAUUCGGGUCUUGCUGGAGUUUGAUGGCAAACAUCUAUCAGGCAGUACAUACACAAAUGGUCUAACAAACGAGACACUACCGUUCCUAUCCGCCGACCACGUGACCGCCGGCAAGGGCACAGGGCUAGUGCACACUGCGCCCGCGCACGGCCCUGACGAUUUUGUUGUUAGUUUGAAGAAUAAUAUCACCGUGGAAUGCAAUGUAGACGAGCAGGGUUGUUAUACAAACCUUGGACCAGAUCUGGACGGCCUCCCAGUUUUAUCUGAAGGUCAGGAGGUGGUCAUGAAGAAACUUCAAAACUCUAUACUUCACCAAGGGACGUACAUACACUCGUAUCCUUUAGAUUGGAGAACUAAGAAACCUGUUAUUAUUAGAGCAAGUCAUCAAUGGUUUAUUGAUACGUCGGCUUUGAAAGAGAAAGCUUUGGCAGCAUUAGACAAAGUGUCAAUACUUCCACCCUCCACAUCAGAGCAGUCGCGCCAAGGCUUCAGAGCUCAGUUAGAGAAGCGGCCAUAUUGGUGUAUAUCCCGUCAGAGGGCGUGGGGGGUGCCCAUACCUGUGCUGUAUCAGGGCAAUAAUGUUAUUGUUGAUGAGGCUAUUGUAGAGCAUAUUUGUUCUCUGAUGGAAGAACAUGGUACAGACAUUUGGUGGACUUCCGAUGUAAACCAGUUGAUUCCUAAGGAUGUUGCGAGUAAAUACGGCUUAGAAAAAGGAGAAGUGGCUAAAGGAAAUGAUAUAAUGGAUAUUUGGCUAGAUUCAGGUCUCUCGUGGCAGACAUUGGGAGGCAGGAAAGCCAGUUUAUAUUCGGAGGGUAUCGACCAAUUGACUGGAUGGUUUCAAGCGUCGUUACUUACUUCCCUCGCUUUGAAGGGAGAUGCGCCUUAUGAGUCCAUUUUUGUCCAUGGUUUCGUAGUGGAUGAGAAAAAACGUAAGAUGUCCAAAUCCAUAGGCAAUGUUAUAGACCCCGCGUCUAUUAUACAUGGUGAUAAGAAACAAGCCGCUUAUGGGGUUGAUACGUUGAGAUGGUGGGCAGCCAGCCAUGCGACCCAACAUUCUCAAAUAGUAAUAAGCAAGAAGCUUCUAGAAGAUUGCCAGAACGAAGUCAUUAGAAUACGAAACAUCAUCAAAUAUCUUCUCGGAGUCAUAAAUGACUUGCAAAAACCCGACUUCGACCACAAACCCGACUUAAAUUACUUCGAUCAAUACAUAGUAAAUGAAUGUCAUACGUUUUUAGACCAAAUUAAAGACCAUUAUAAUAACUUUAGAUAUAAUCACGUAGCUCAAAGUAUAUUGUUUUUUAUAAGUAAUAAAAUUUCUGGGUUAUAUUGUCAUUCCAUAAAAGAUAGGUUAUAUUGUUCCCCGAAAGAUUCAAAUGAACGUAUUACCGCUCAACUCGCAAUUCAUACAAUUUUGAUCUCUAUCUCUAAAGCUAUAGGUCCCAUUUUACCGCAUUUAAUAGAAGAAGCCUGGCAAUACCAUCCUUUGUAUGAAAAACCGUUUUAUUUCACUCAAAACUUUUCAAUUUUACCCCAAAAUGACAUUGACGGUUCAUUGAUGGACGCCAUUUUGAAUAUCAAAAGAGAUGUAUGUGUUGUUGCGAAGAAUGAAAAUAUAAAGAAAUUCGAAUUAAAUUUAAAAGUUAAUUCUAAUUUGUUUUCGGAAUUAAAUAAAUUGAAUAUUUUUGACGGUGUUAAUGAUAGUGUUUUGUGUGAAAUUUUAGAAGUGUCAGCUGUCAAUUUGUUUGAAAAUGGUGGGAAAUUGGAAAUUGAAUUGAUACAGAGUAAAAAAGAACAAUGCUUGAGGUGUAGGAAGUACAACGCAAUAGAAAAUAGCGAUAAAUGCUUAAGAUGUGAGAAAGCAGUUAGUUUGUUG